GGGAGCUGGACCUCCGUCUAGGUUGGGGUAAAAGUUCUGCACGCUCUCAAGCCUGUGCAGCUAACAAGAAUUAUGUAAUUAUUCCCCAACCCUGUAAUCCUUGGGCUGCAACCCACUUACCUGGGUGUAAGUCACUCUGAACUCAGUGGGGCUUACGUCCAGGUUGACAUGUAUAGGUUGUUACUGUUAAACUUGGUUGAACUUGGACCCCCACUCUCAUUAAUUUCAAGAUGUGUAAUUUUAAUUCAGGGAGUUCACUGCUGCAAGAGAUGGCGCUGGUACUACUUUAGAUGACAUUAAAAGGAGGCCGUGCUCAUUUCAGCAAGAGAUCAAGCAAUCCCUGAACAAUUGCUGGAGCUGUUUGGUCUUCCUGCUCUUGGGAGAGAACCAGUGGCCGAAGAAAGCAAGGAACCAUGCUCCAAGCAGAUACAAGCCUCUCCUACAGCAACCCUCUCUCUAUGGGCUGAGAGAUCAAGUGACUUGUGAAAUCACCUGGAUGGAGAAAGCCAGGUGAACUCAAGCCCCGCCCCUUCACCUGGGAAACCAUUCCUCUUGGGGAGUGGGGGAAGGGAAAACUGAUCUGAAGGAAAACCUCAAGGGGGAAAUCUGAUGCAUUUGACACCAAAGGCAUCUGCCCACCAUGAAACUCCACAUCUCCAGUGCUCUCACAUCUUCCCACCUGGACCGGCAGGGCUUACUGUAUAAGAAGAGCAUCCGCACAGCCUCCUACCAACCAUGUUGGUGUGAGCUUCGGGGCAAUCUCCUCUUCUACCGGGAACGAUGGGGAGACCGGGGUCCUUUUCGGCUCAUUGUCCUUGAAGGUUGCACCGUGGAGCUGCAGGAAUCUGCAUCUGAACCACAUACAUUUGAAAUUUCCUACCCUGGAGGGUUGCCUGGUGCCCGAUCCUACAAAAUGGCAGCUGAGAACCAAGAAACCAUGGAGGGUUGGGUGCGAGCUCUCAGUACAGCUGGGUUUGGGUACCUCAGGGCUUUGGUUACUGAGCUGGAGGGACAGUUUCAGAUGCUGAAGAACCAGCAGCCUCCCAAAUCUGAAGGACCCCUGAGACACUUAACAGACUUUAAGUUCCCCACUUCAAAACUGGUGGUGGAAAUGGGUUCCUUCACAGUGGAUUUUGCUCAGCUCCACCAGGAAUUUGGAGAAGAUAUUGUGAGGCUGAGGCAGAUGUGGCAGGAGAGGCAAGGUGAGCAGCAACCAGAGGAUGGGGCCUUGAUAGAUUUUGGCUAGGGCAAUCACCUGUCCCAAACAUUUGAACACAACUGGCAAGUUUGGGAAGUCUAGUAUCUAUAUGAAGUUUGAGGCAAGAAAUGCACAGAGAGCCAGUAUCUGGCGAGUGUUUGUGAAACACAUCUCAACACUGAUUUUUACAUGCUGCCAUGGAUUUUAAUAAAUGUGUAUUUUAAAAAAACAAACCUAUCAGUCU